AUGAUGAGCUCAGCUUUUCGUGCACAGGCUCCAAAUCGCCUAUGGACUUUUGCGCAGCGCAGCUUCUCGACCUCCACCGUGUUACAAAGGAUCAACAAAAUCUGUGCCUCAGAAAACGAUGCCAUUCAGAAAGUGAAAAGUGGAUCUACCGUUCUAGUCGGAGGCUUUGGCUUUUCUGGUGUUCCUGAAUCGCUUAUUGAAGCUGUUGCCGCGCGCAAGGAUCUCAAAGAUCUGACCGUUGUCUCAAACAAUGCUGGGAUGCCUGGUGUUGGGCUCGGCCGAUUGCUGGAAACACGACAGAUCAGCAAAAUGAUAGCAUCUUAUAUCGGGGAGAAUAAAGUGUUCGAGAAGAUGUAUCUGAGUGGAGAUCUGAGCCUCGAGCUGAUACCGCAGGGAACGAUGGCUGAGAGAUGCGCUUCUGGGGCAGCUGGCAUACCGGCAUUCUAUACCCCAGCAGCAUAUGGCACUGUUGUUCAGACAGGCGAAUUGCCUGUUCGAUACAACAGAGACGGAUCCGUAGCGCUCAUGUCACGGCCUCGAGAAACCCGCGAGUUUCACGGCAAGAAGUACAUACUCGAAGAAGCCAUAUUCGCCGAUGUUGCUUUGGUCAAGGUUCACAAGGCUGAUAGACUUGGUAACUGCACAUUUCGGAAAGCACAGAACAACUUCAAUGAAGCGAUGGCGAAGAAUGCAAAGUUGACCAUCGUUGAGGCUGACGAGAUUGUUGACGUUGGCCAGCUUGAUCCUGAGAGUGUUCAUAUUCAGGGCAUUUAUGUCGAUGUUAUUAUUCAGAGUACGAGGCCGAAGAAGAUUGAGAAGUUGACAUUUGCCCAAGAUGCAAAGGUUACAACUGCAAACCAGAGACGAGAGCGUAUCAUCAAGCGAGCUUCUAAAGAACUGAAAGACGGCAUGUACGUCAAUCUGGGGAUUGGCAUGCCACUCGCGACACCGGGCAUGCUUCCUGAAGACCUAGAAGUCAUUCUUCAAUCCGAGAAUGGUAUCCUGGGAAUGGGCAGAUAUCCGAACCCUGGGGAAGAAGAUCCAGAUCUCAUCAAUCCCGGUAAAGAAACGGUGACAUUGAACCUUGGUGCCUCGACUUUUGGAAGCCAUGAGAGCUUCGGUAUGAUCAGAGCUGGGAAGAUUGACUUGACUAUGCUUGGUGCGCUACAAGUCAGUCAAUAUGGAGACUUGGCCAACUUCAUGCUGCCUGGGAAGGUGAAGGGAAUUGGAGGCGCCAUGGACCUGGUUGCCAGCCCAGAGAAGACCAGGGUCAUCAUCACCAUGGAACAUGUUGACCGCAAUGGAAACCCUAAGAUUCUGGAAGAAUGCACAUUCCCGCUCACCGGUCCUCGAUGUGUAUCUAGGAUCAUCACUGAUCUAGCUGUAUUUGACUGUACACCUGAGGGUUUGGUGCUCAGGGAGCUGGUGGACGAGGUUGAGAUGGAUGAGCUGAGGAGCAAAACCGGUGCGGCGUUCAGGAUCGCUGAUGACUUGAUACCAUACCAGACUUAG